AUGGCACCACCACAACCAGCCCCAGAGGCGGCCUCUCCCAUUGGCAUUGCCAAUCUCCCCAACCAGAGACAUAAGAUCGUCGCAAAGAGGGGGGCUGCUUUCACUAUAAUGGUGGCUGGCGAGUCCGGUCUGGGAAAAACCACAUUCAUCAACACUCUCUUUUCAACCACCAUCAAGAACUAUCAAGAUCACAAGCGAAGACACGCGAAGCAGGUCGACAAGACGGUUGAAAUCGAGAUCACAAAGGCCGAGUUGGAGGAGAAAUUCUUCAAAGUUCGUCUCACCGUCAUCGACACCCCCGGCUUCGGCGACUAUGUCAACAACCGCGAUUCCUGGCAACCCAUCAUUGAAUUCCUCGACGAUCAACAUGAGUCGUACAUGCUUCAAGAACAACAGCCCAAGAGACAUGACAAGAUUGAUCUUCGUGUUCACGCCUGCCUCUACUUCAUCCGCCCUACAGGUCACACCUUGAAGCCCCUAGACAUUGAGGUCAUGAAAAGACUCAGUUCGCGGGUCAACCUGAUCCCCGUCGUGGCCAAGGCCGACACCCUGACCCCGACCGACUUGGCCCGAUUCAAGCAUCGGGUGCGAAGCGUGAUCGAAGCACAGGGAAUCAAGAUCUAUCAACCUCCCCUGGAGGAUGACGACGAGGCCGCCACUCAACACGCCCGCGCUCUCAUUGCGGCCAUUCCUUUCUCCGUCAUUGGCAGUGAAAAGGAUGUCAAGACGAGCGAUGGCCGUAUUGUCAAGGGCCGACAGUACGCCUGGGGUGUGGCUGAAGUGGAAAACGAAGACCACUGUGAUUUCAAGAAACUCCGAUCCAUUCUGAUCCGAACCCACAUGUUGGACCUGAUCCACACCACGGAAGAGAAUCACUAUGAAGCAUACCGCGCUCAACAAAUGGAGACCAGGAAAUUCGGCGAAGCCCGUCCCCGAAAACUCGACAACCCCAAGUUCAAGGAGGAGGAAGAGGCACUGCGAAAGAGAUUCACCGAGCAGGUCAAGGUGGAGGAACAACGAUUCCGGGCCUGGGAACAGAAGUUAAUCGGCGAGCGUGAUCGGUUGAACAAGGACUUGGAGUCUACCCAUGCCGCCAUCAAGCAGCUGGAGGGUGAGCUGGAGCAGAUGCAAGGCAGUGCCGUCCGCAGCGGUCGUCGCUAA